AUGUACUUAUGCCUGAUUUCUCCCACCGACUCCUUUCCAUCUCCCCUCCGCAUCGGUCUCAAACAAGCCAAUCUCCAUCGCCUCGAAGACCUCCUUCUAUCCAUCUCUCACCCCGUAUCUCCGACAUAUGGUCAACACUGGUCUCCUGAGAAAGUGAAAGAUUACUUUGCUCCGAGUCUUGAGACUAUUGACGUUGUCCGUGGAUGGUUGGAUGACAACCGAAUCGGGGCGGGAAGGGUGAAGGUGUCGAAGAGUAAAGGGUGGAUCGAGGUUAGUGGGUUGGCUGUAGGUGAGGUUGAGGAACUGUUGGGCGCGGAGUAUCAUGUGUUUGAGCAUGAGUCAGGUGCCAAGCAAGUCAGUUGUGAAUCAUACUCUGUACCGGAGCACGUUCGCGAACACAUAGAUCUCAUCAAGCCGACCGUACACUUCAUUCACGCGCCACUCCGAACGUCCUCCACUCCGAGUCUCAGCCCACGUAGUCUUGUCAACUUAGGCAUGCCAGCAAUGGACCCAGGCCCAAAGACGAACGGGAAGAAAGUUACGGCUGUACCACAAGCAGGAGUAGCGAAUUGCGACGAGAUGAUUACAUUAGAUUGCUUGAGGGCGCUUUAUUCGAUAGAUUAUACGCCUGUUGCUACCGAUAAGAACUCUUUCGGUAUAGUCGAGCUUACACCUCAAGCCUUUCUGGCUGGAGAUCUGGAUGUCUUUUUCAGUAAUUUCUCACCCUCUCAGGUUGGUCAACGACCCACCCUGAUCUCCAUCGACGGAGGGAUUGCGCAGACGGAAAACCAAAGCUUCAACUUCAAUGGCGAAAGCUCGCUGGACCUUGAGUAUGGUAUCGGACUAACGAACCCUCAACCUGUGACGCUGCUGCAGACUGGCGAUACUGUUGAGGGUGGAUCGUUCGAUAACUGGCUCGAUGCAGUGGAUGGCUCGUUUUGUACGUUCGAGGGAGGAGAUGACCCUGAUGAAGACGGUAUAUAUCCAGACCCUCUUCCUGGUGGGUUCAAAGGAAACGAAUCGUGCGGGAUCGUAGCACCUCCAAACGUCAUCUCUACUUCUUACGGACAAGACGAAGUCACCUUCACUCCCGCUUACGUCCAAAGACAAUGCGCCGAGUAUGGAAAGCUGGGUAUGAUGGGCACGACUGUGAUUUACAGCUCUGGAGACCGAGGAGUGGCUGGAAGGAGUGGAUGUUUGAAUGCAGGUGGCCCACCUUCUGCGAAUGGGAUCGGGUUCAGUCCUCAAUUCCCGGUCGUCUGCCCAUUCGUCACCGCAGUGGGGGCCACGCAAAUUGUCCCAACCAAGACGGUCAACGAUCCAGAGAGUGCAUGCGAGACCGUCAUUUUCAGUGGAGGUGGUUUUAGCAACGUCUUCCCAAUGCCAUCGUACCAGUCCGAUGCGGUCACGAAGUUUUUGACUGACACACCGCCUCCUUAUACCGCGGCACAGUUCAAUAAUAGCGGAAAGGCCCGUGGAUAUCCCGACUUGUCUGCCAACGGAGCGAACUACGUGAUAGGCGUCGAUGGGACGCUCUCGCUCGUCUUUGGCACUUCCGCGUCCGCUCCGGUCACAGCUUCCAUAAUUACGCUAAUCAACGACGCACGUAUUGCCGCGGGGAAAUCCUCUGUUGGUUUCAUCAAUCCUGCCAUAUACUCUACCGACUUCGCUGGUGCCUUCAAUGAUAUCACUAAUGGGACCAACCAAGGAUGCGGGACCGUCGGCUUUUCCGCCGUCCCAAAUUGGGAUCCUGUCACAGGUGUCGGGACGCCCAACCUCACGGCUUUGAUACCGUUGUUCUUGGCCUUGCCUUGA